AUGGUUAAAUGCAAUUCUGAUGGUAGUUUUUGUGAAAUGAACCAGCGGAUUGGGGGUGGUGGGAUUAUCAGAGAUCAUCUUGGUCGUUGGGUGGCUAGCUGUUAUUCAGGGAAUUCGGGGAACAAUGUGUUCCAAGCAGAAGCUGUGGCGCUGCUGUUAUCAGAUGCAGCUACGUCUCAAAGGCAUUCUGAAUUCGUUGUGUUGCUUUCCAUUCGUCAUCUGUUGGUGAAGGACUGGAAUGUGAAGAUUAACUGUGUUCAUCGUGAUAGCGAUUCGGUAGCGGACUUCCUUGCAAGGAGAGGGGCAGCAGCGCAUGCUUCUGGGCUUUGGAGCAUUGCUUCGCCGGAUCCGGAUGUGGAAUACCUUCUCCUGAAGGACUCGUUGUCUGUUCCUUAG